CCAAUCAAGGAGGCUCCAGCUCCCUUGUAACCCACAACACAUCCAUACAAUCUGGUGCACGCAGAGCACAGACUCACAGGGAAUUCUCAGAGCUGAGAGGCUCCUUCUCCCUCUCUCUCUUUCUUUUCCUCUCUUUCUCCCCCCCCCCCCUUUUUCUCUUCCUUUCUCUUUCCCUCUCUCUUUCUCCCUCUCUCCCUUGCUGGAGCGCUGCUGGAGCAGAGACAAGAGCGUAAUUCUUCCAGAUUUUUUUUUUUUUGAAGCGGAGUGAAAGAGAAAGAGAGGGGAAAAAUAAAAAGAAAAGGAGGGUGAAAGAAAGAAGAGAUCCUGAUGGAAAUCAGGGCACCCUGACCAGCUCCUGCUUGGAGAGGGGGGAAGGAGAGGCGGAAACGAGAUUUCCCUACAAGUUUUUGCUGCUGAAGGUUGCUCAGGAGCCUUCCUCGGUCGGCGAGGGGGGAAACCACUCCGGGACUACUCCAGCAGUAGGAAGACCGAGGAGUGGAGUGGAUGAAUAUACCGAUGAGAGAUCCAGUAAUUCCUGGGACAAGCAUGGCUUAUCAUCCUUUUUUACCUCACCGGGCACCGGACUUUGCCAUGAGUGCUGUGUUGGGACAUCAGCCUCCCUUCUUCCCGGCUCUGGCUUUGCCUCCCAACGGGGCAGCCGCCCUCUCCCUUCCCGGGGCUCUGGCUAAACCCAUCAUGGAUCAGUUAGUGGGGGCUGCAGAGACUGGUAUCCCCUUUUCUUCCCUGGGUCACCAGGCAGCAGCCCAUCUGAGGCCUUUAAAAACUCUGGAACCAGAAGAAGAGGUGGAAGAUGAUCCGAAAGUGCAUCUGGAAGCCAAAGAGCUUUGGGAGCAAUUCCAUAAAAGAGGCACGGAGAUGGUGAUUACCAAAUCGGGAAGGAGAAUGUUUCCUCCAUUUAAAGUGAGAUGCACUGGACUGGAUAAAAAGGCCAAGUACAUUUUAUUGAUGGAUAUUGUGGCGGCUGAUGAUUGUAGGUACAAAUUCCAUAAUUCCCGGUGGAUGGUAGCCGGCAAAGCUGACCCUGAAAUGCCAAAGAGAAUGUACAUCCACCCGGACAGCCCGGCCACCGGCGAACAAUGGAUGUCCAAAGUCGUCACCUUUCACAAGCUGAAGCUCACUAACAACAUCUCUGACAAGCACGGAUUUACCAUUUUAAACUCCAUGCACAAGUACCAGCCCCGGUUCCACAUCGUCCGAGCCAACGAUAUUCUCAAGCUUCCCUAUAGCACGUUCAGGACCUACGUUUUCCCGGAGACUGAAUUCAUCGCAGUGACCGCAUACCAGAAUGAUAAGAUCACUCAAUUAAAAAUUGACAACAACCCCUUUGCCAAAGGUUUUCGGGACACCGGGAAUGGAAGGAGAGAAAAAAGGAAGCAGCUGACCCUGCAGUCCAUGCGGGUGUACGACGAGAGGCAGAAGAAGGAAAACCCCACCUCGGACGAGUCGUCCAACGAGCAGACGGCCUUCAAGUGCUUCGCCCAGUCCUCCUGCCCCGCCGUGCCCGCCGUCGGCACCUCCAGCCUCAAAGAUCUCUGUCCCAGCGAGGGAGACAGCGAUGCAGACAGCAAAGACGAUCCCUUGCUAGAAGCCAACGAGUCGGGCAAAAUCAGCACGACCACCGCCACCACCCCAGCGCCGGCCAGCUCCGCCGCGGCCGCGGGAGACGACCCCCGGGAGAAGGGGGGCAGCCCCUCCAAAAGCCACUUCUUCCCCGGUGACUCGGCGGGGAGUCGGAGCCGAGAGAGGACGGAGAAAGCCCCUCCGGACUCCCGGCAUAGCCCGGCUACUAUCUCUUCCAGCACCCGGGGGGGAAGCCUGAGCGGCGAGGAACUGAAAAGCCCCCUCAGGGAUGGCCCCAAAGUAGAUGAGAACCGGCUGCUGGGUAAAGAGCCCUUCGCUCCCCUCACGGUCCAGACCGACAGCACGGCCCACCUGAGCCAGGGACACUUGCAGAACCUGGGCUUUCCCCCCACCCUGGCCGGUCAGCAGUUCUUCAACCCGCUGGGGAACGGGCACCCGCUGCUGCUUCACCCCGGGCAGUUCGCCAUGGGGGGGGCCUUCUCCGGCAUGGCCGCGGGUAUGGGGCCACUGCUCGCCACCGUCUCCGGGGCAUCUGCCGGUGUCUCGGGACUGGACAACACGGUCAUGGCCACGGCGGCGGCCCAGGGACUCUCGGGAGCAUCGGCGGCUGCUUUGCCUUUCCAUCUGCAGCAGCACGUCCUGGCUUCUCAGGGCUUGGCCAUGUCUCCCUUCGGAAGCCUCUUUCCCUACCCCUACACCUACAUGGCCGCGGCCGCCGCCGCCUCCAGCGCCGCCUCCAGCUCGGUGCACCGGCACCCCUUCCUCAACGCCGUACGGCCGCGGCUCCGCUACAGCCCCUACCCGCUGCCCGUCCCCCUGCCCGACGGCAGCAGCCUCCUCACCACCGCCCUGCCCGGCCUGGCCGCCGGUUCCAGCGAGGGCAAAGCGGGGGGGUUGACCACCAGCCCCGGUUCCGUACCCCUGGACUCCGCCUCGGACCUCACCAGCCGCUCGUCCACCCUCUCCUCCGGCUCCGUCUCCCUCUCCCCCAAACUGGGCGCAGACAAGGAGGCGGCCACCAGCGAACUGCAAAACAUCCAGCGCCUGGUCAGUGGGCUCGACCCCAAGCAGGACAGAUCCCGCAGCGGCUCCCCGUAACCCCCCCGGCCUCCGGGAGCUCAUUUCAAAGCAGUCUCUCAGUGCACUUUGUUUGAAAGAAACCACAUCCUCCUCCCACGAGUUGUUUUUUUACCCCCCUCUUUUAUUUUGGUUCCCCCCCACUUUCUAUUUUUUUUUUUAUUAAUAUACUCUCUCUCUCCCCCCCACCCCCGGCGUUGUGUGCGCGUUUAUCAGCAAAAAGGUAUCUGGUGAAGCAGGGGGGUGAGGGUAGGGAGAGGGUCGGGGAUGGGGGAGCGAAGCCGAGGUGGGAGAGCUGGGUCGGAGGCUGCUCACAGGGAGCAGGCUGGCCUGGCCGGGUCACCGGCGGGGUUGUGGCAUCCUCCUUUCUUCUUUUUUUUAACCGUGUAACAUUAAAAAAAAAAAAAAAAGAGAGAGAGAAAAAAAAGAAAAAAACAUCUAAAAGCAAAAAUAAAACAAAAAAUCAAACAAACGUAUGAAUAAAAAUUAAGUAAGAGAAGUGAUUUUUUCUUUCCGAAAGAAAAGUGUGUAAGUAACUCGCAUAUCGGUUCUUCAACAGUUGUUUCCUGGGUGGGUUGUUAACGACAACCCCCUUAGUCAAUAUUAAGGGAAGCUGUGUGUUUAAAAUAUUAUUGUGACGCCUGAAAGCCAGUCGGUGGCUUUUUUUGCAUGUUCCAUUGUAGUUGGCUUUUUUUUGGGAGGGGUGGGGUAUUUUUUUUUUAUUUCGGUGGGGUUUUGUUGCUUAUUUUUAAUGCUCGUUUCAAAUCCCAGGGAAAAAUUAUUAUUAAUAAUAAUAAAACCAGAAAUAAGACCCUUGUCCCUCUACCUUAAACAUUCUCCCUGUAGCAACAACAAUAAGAAGUGUAGUUGGAAAGAAAAAAAAAAAGUGAAUUUAUUUUAUCUAAAAACCUCUGUAGCUUGACUGUAGGUUUAUCACAGCUUUCCCUCUUUAAUUGUAUAUGCAAUAACAAGGUUUAAACAUGCUGAGAAGAAGAAAAGAGCGGACACUAUUAUUAAAAAAAGUAUUUAUGUAAUUAUUUGAUAACUCUUGUAAAUACGUGGAAUAUGAAUACUCGAAAUUAAACUUUAAUUUAUUGACAUUGUACAUAUCUCUGUAAA